GAUGUCGGCGGUGCUGUUGGCAGGUCCAUGUGGCAGGCGGCUGUGCUAUCGGCAGGUCCGGGCAGCAGGCGGCGGCUCCAGCAGGCGGUAUAAGCCCAUGAGAGGGGGAUGGUGUCUCACACAGUACUGUGCACUCCUGCAUGUGGACCCAUGUGACCCGGAAUCUGGCUGUUGUGUCCUCUCACGUGCUACUCACACUGGUAUAUCCUCUGAGGAAGUCGGCAGGGGACAGAAAUGAAACACAUCCGGUUGACGUCAUCUGCCCGGCCUCUGACGGAUCUGGAUUUUUCUUCUGGAUCCCGUGUUGAAGAGAUAAACAAACUCCUGGUGGAGUUGGAAAGAAGGGAGUGCAGCCAUUUACAGGGGAAGGAUAUACUUCAGAGCUGCGUGCAAGCCAAAGACCUCAUAUUCUCACUGACUGCUCAGAUUUACCCCCUACCAUCCCCCAACUCGUUGCUACUCCUGUCUGGAGGACUAUGCUCUGGUUUCCUUGAUGUGUCCCCCAGUGAUUUAGGGUCUUCCUCCCCAUUUGUGGCUCCUUGCAUCUCUUACACUCUGUUAGUCCCCAUUAUCCGCCUUCCAUCACCUGAUCUGAUCUUAAGGUCCAGUCCGUGCCACUUCCUCCUGCCUCCCUCCCUCUGGGAUCCCCCCAAUCCUGAGCUGAGUCCCACCUCACCAAGUGUCACUCCACAUGAUGUGUCUUCCUGGUUUAUUCCCUCCUUUCUGUCUUUAGUGUCACAUUUCUCUGAAUCGUUCCCUCACCUCUCUCUGGAGAAGGCUGAGCCAUGGGGUAACUGUGUGUCUGUCCUACUAUCUAAACCCAGUAGUCUGCUCAUUCGCUUUGACAUUGUUCCUGUGGUGGAGGUCCAGGGUUGGCCCCCUGGGUUCCAGUGUCCAGAUGAUUGGGUCGGGUUACCCCUUACACAAGAGGAUUGCGUAUUCCACCUCUUUCCAUGGGGAGCUAAUGGACAAUGGCGGGUAGGCUUCCCAGGGGUGGAACUGUAUAUACGUAGGUACUUACCCCAAGCCCUCUCCAGGGUACUUAGAGCCUCCAUGGCGGUUCUGGGGCCUAUACUACUGGAGCUCGGUGCUCCAGGACCCUAUGUGGUAUGGGUCACCCUCCUACAUGCCUAUGAGAGACUGCCACAGGGCUAUCUAGGUCAGGAGGACAAUGCAGCCUCCUGCUUUCUUGGGAUCCUAGAGGAACUGUCUCUGUCUCUCCUCCGUGGCUCCUGUCCCAAUCCAUUUCUUCCAGGGUGUGAUCUACUGUCGGGUAGCACUCACGGUCCCUGCCUCGCCCGGUGGGUUUCAGAGGUCAGGGUGCAGCCAGUUUACCAUCUGCGUGAUGCAGUGAGAGGGGCCAAGGAUGCAGUGAAAGUAGGGGAGAAGGUGGAGAGUGAUGAGGAGAAGGAGAGGGUCUGACUGGU